AUGACCGUCAUUGGAAAGGCCAUCGUAGCGUGCUGCUUGACGACUGUUACCAACACCAUGUCUGCCGCAGCGCAGAAUAUGUCUUACGGGGCAGACAGCUUCUACCGCAGCGACAAUGUGACUGUCCAACCUGUCACUUUUCUGAACCAGUACAACUUGAGUGUCGCUGGUAACCUGUUUUCCCCCAACGGACUGAACCGCAACACCACUGCGCCGGCCAUAGUUGUCGGACACCCAAUGGGUGCGGUCAAGGAACAAGGUGCGAACUUGUACGCCACCAAACUCGCCGAGCAGGGCUUUGUUACCCUCUCCAUCGACCUCACUUUCUGGGGUGGCAGUGAAGGCGAACCGCGCAACGCCGUGUCGCCGGACCUCUACGCAGAGUCUUUCAGCGCGGCGGUCGACUACCUUGGUACCCAGACAUUCGUCGACCGCGAGCGGAUCGGCGGCGUGGGCAUCUGCGGCAGCGGUUCCUUCAUCAUCAGCGCCGCAAAGAUCGACUCACGCCUCAAGGCCAUCGCGACAGCGAGCAUGUACGACAUGGGAGCUGUCAAUCGCAAUGGUCUGCAGAAGGCCGUGAGUGUCGACCAACGCAAGCAGGCCAUCGCCUCAGCGGUCGAGCAGCGAUGGGUUGAGAUGGACGGUGGAGAGACCCAGUACACCAGCGGCACGGUGCAUGAGCUCACCCCGGAGUCCACCCCUAUUGAUCGCGAAUUCUACGACUUCUAUCGCACCCCUCGUGGAGAGUUCACCCCAGAGAGCACCACGGCAAACCUCACGACGCAUCCUACUCUCUCGAGCAAUGUCAAAUUUCUGAACUUCUAUCCGUUCAACGACAUCGAGACGAUCUCCCCGCGCCCGCUUCUCAUUAUUUCAGGUGACCAAUCCCACUCCAGGGAGUUCAGCGAGGAUGCCUACCAGCGUGCUGCCGAGCCCAAGGAGUUGCUCUGGAUCCCUGGUGCUGGCCACGUCGAUCUAUACGAUCGUGUGGGCCUUAUUCCUUUCGACAGGCUUACCCAGUUCUUCCGGACUAACCUGGCUUAA